UUGGUUAUACGAUUUUAAAUGUGGAGGAAAUUCAAGUCGUGUUGGCUCAAUUAGAAAAGAUAUUAAAAAAUAUUGAUGCAGUUAUAGGCACGUUACUGCAUAUUAUAUUCUUUUGUUAUUCUGGUCAAAAGUUAGAUAAGAAUGAAAGAGUGUUCUAUCAAAUGUAAGAAUCUCUAUUUUGCUUGAAUUUCACAUUUAUCAUUAAUGUUGAUAAUAUUAGUAAUUCCAAACAUAAAACAUUAAUUGUGACGCAUAUAUUUUUAUGCACAAUUCAAAAAAUUUAUACAUAACAUUUUCUAUUCAAAAAGUACUUAAUAUUGUGUUUAUAAAUUUGUUAUAAAAUCAAUACAAACAUAUAGAGAAUUUUUUAUAGUAAAAUCAUAAUAUAAAGUUUUAGCUUUUUAUACACAUGCAUUAUAUAUAAUGUAAAUUUCGAUCAUAUUAAUAAAUGUCAUUAACAUAUGUUUUAUAUACUAGAUAUUAUGUACUAGAUUUUAUAUAAAAUGAACUUUAUGUAAAUUUUUUGAUACACUGAUAAUAUUCGUUUUCUUUAAAAAUCGAUUUGUAAGUGAUAAAUUGCGCUUCUUUGUUUGCAUUCCAUAAACGUAUUAAAAAUUUAUAUAUAAAAAUUUUAAUCGUUUAUUGAAUAUAAUUGUCCAUUAAAUAUAAAUCACAUCGUCAAUUUAUAUUUAAAGAUACGCUGUAGAAUGGAACGCAUUUUCACCACGAUUAAAGUCGCCGUUGAUUCUAACUCUUCAUAAUAGUUUAGUUAGUUUUAUACCUUGCGAAUUACUACCUGGUAAUGUAUUUUUAUUAUUAAUGGUGACUUAUGCUGCAGUAAGUAUGAGUCUUGAAUUUUUACUUGUGUUGUACAGAAGACAAAUUAUACAUAUCUUUGUAUUUUCUUUAAGAUGGUGCGAGCAGGCAUUUUCUACUUCAUGACAUUUUUAUCACUUAAAGAUUAAUGCCCCGUAUAUUUUAUAGUCCCCUCUUAAUUCAAGAUUCAAGAUGUUGAGCGAUUGUGUCAUGACAUUGUCCAGUUUCGAUAGAGAACUUCUACAAUUAAAUUUCGCUUAGACACAAAAAAACACUUUAAAAUUAGUUGCAUCUACAUUUAUAACAUAUUUCACUAGCACAUUUCACAUGAAUAAUGUACCAAAUGUAAAUGACGGAUUAUCAUUUACCUCAUACUUUUUUACUCAUUUUCAAUUCUUCAUAUGUAUGUCAUUCAUAUCAUAAAAUUUAUAGUAAAAAUACUAUGUUGGUGCACAUUAUACGAGAAUACAAUAUCAAUAAAACAUUACUGUCACGUUUUGGUCUUUGGCCAUUUCAAAAUAAAUUUGUAAGAUAUUUGUUACCGAUUUCAUUAUUCGUGCUUGAAAUAAGUGGCAUUCAACUAGAGGUAAUAAUACAUCAACACAAAUAUCUAUUUACAUGAAUUCAAGUAACGCAUAAAAUGUUUUUUACAUAUACUUUUUGUACAUAUAAUGUAUACUUAAUAACUUGGAAUUAAUAUUGCGCUCAGAUAAUAUUCUUAUGUGAUGAUUGGAAAGACACAGAAUUGAUUUUUGAGUCUUUUUUUAUCACAAUCGCAAUGAUAAUGUUUAUUAUGAAGUUGUGUAAUGAGUUUUGGAAUUAUAACAAGGUACGACAUUUAUAUGAAAUUAUGGAAAAUCAUUGGAAUAUAUUUACAAAGGAAUCUGAAAUGCGUAUUCUUAAAAAUUAUUCUGGUCUAUCACGAAAAUUGAUAAUAAUUUAUACGCUUCUGGUGUUUUUAGCAAUAUUUUCAUAUGUUACAAUUCCACUUAAACCGUUAUUAUUCGAUAUCAUAUGGCCUCUCAAUGAAUCACGACCGCGAAAGUUUCCGAUGCCCAUCAAAAAGAUAACAGAUUUGGAUAAGUAUUACGUACCGAUUUAUUGUUACCUCACGACUACACUUUUGCUAGGUGUAGGUGUUUUUUGUGCUGUCGACAGUGUAUAUAUUACUCGUAUACUUCAUGCUUGUAGUUUAUUUUCGAUCGUUAAUCAACAAAUCGAGAUGAUUUCAAAACCGGAUAUCAAUAUGAAAACUAGCAAUAAUUGCAAAUGUUGCAUAAACACAAAUGAUAGCAAAUACUGCAUGAAAAUCGACACGUACAAAUCGACAAGCGAAGAAGUGACAUACAAGGAAUAUAUUAUAUGUUUAAAGAAAUACCAGAUAGCUCGAGAAUUUGUCAGUUUAUUGAAUUCAAUGUAUUAUGUAGGGACAUUUUUCUUAUUAUUACUUAAUAUCUUGAUUUUUAGUCUCUCCAUAAUCCGACUCGUGUAUGAGUUGGAAAAGAUAGUAAAUGCAAUAAGUCACAUUGUGAUAAUCACAGCAAUAUUAAUGCAUCUCUUGGUUAUUUGUUAUUCUGGUCAGAUAAUAAUGGAUCAUAGUCAAAAAGUGUUCUACCGAAUAUACGCUGUAGAAUGGUACGCAUUAUCAUGGAGAUUUAAAUCAUUGAUGCUUAUAACUCUUCGGAAAAGUUUCACACCUUGUGGAUUAAAAACUGCCAUAUUUUCAUUAUCACUGGAGACUUAUGCUGCAAUGGUGAAAGCAGGAGUAUCCUAUUUCAUGACAUUUUUAUCAUUCAAAGAUUAAUUAGUUUCGUAUAUUGUAUAGUCUCUCUUCUUAAUUCUGGAUUAAGAUAUUUGAAUUGUUGUUGACAUUGUCAAAGUCUCUUCAAGAACUUUAUAUAAUUAGAUUCUGCUUUGUCACAAAAACACUUUAAGAACGAUUGUACUUAUAUUUAUAUUCCAACACAUUCCAGCACGUUAAUAAAAUAAAUGUAAUUAAAAUAUGA